AGGAAAAACCUGCCCCCUAACUCAGAGAGAGAGCUAGAAACUGAGACAGCUGCUGAGUUUUGGAGAGAGAGAGAGACCUGUUGGAAUUUACUGCCGAGAUCCAGCUUUUAUUUCCAUUUAAUGAAAUGACUUUUUAUGCAGCAAGUCAGCCCUGCACAUAACUUUAAAUGAGUUUUGCACUGGAUUUGAUCCCUUUUUAGAUUUUUAUGUGUGUGAGUAAUUUGGGGGACAGUUUUGUGGAAGUUCAGAGACUUUUGGUUUUAGGGUUUGUAGCUCAUAGUGGGAAACCUUUUAAAGGAUUUACUUGUUUCCCCGUAGAGACUUUAUUAUCAAAUUCUGUUUCCACUUGUCGGAUUUCAGUUAUAUGAUGUUGCUUUUACGCGUUUCCAUCGGCUUAAUUGCCGCUCUGUGCGUCGGCUCGGCGCACAGCGCCUGGGAGGACAGCACAGUGGUGCCGGUCAGACUAGAUCCGACGGCCCGGUCGGAGAGCGAAACCGAAUCGUGGCGGACUCUGUCCGCAGAGGAGAAGGAGAAGGAGGCGGAGAUGAGGGAGUACCGGUUGGACGUAUUUGGCAAGGAGCUGAUCUUGCAGCUAGAGCCUGACCAGACCUUCUUGGCGCCGGGUUUUGUCUUCCACAUUGUGGGGACUCCCGAGUCCGAACCGACACAGGAACCCAAGAACGGAGCCGAGCCGGGUUGCUUCUUCUCGGGCACAGUGAACGGAGAGGAACACUCCGCCGCUGCUCUCAACCUGUGCCACGGACUGAGGGGCGGAUUCUACUUUCAGGGUGAAGAGUAUUUUAUUCAGCCCCUUAACUCGAGCGACUUCCUUGGCACCGAGGAGGAUGUCCACACGAUCCGCCGGAGAGGUCGGGAAGCUUUGGCUGAGGAGGGGAGCUCCAAGUGCGGGGUCAACGAGGACGAGGAGAGGAUGCCAAAGAAUCUGGAGGAAGAAGGCAAGCAGGCAGCAGCUAACACAGACCAGACAGCCCACCACAGGACCAGGCGUUUCGUUUCUACCCCUCGCUACCUGGAGAUCAUGCUGGUGGCUGACCAGUCCAUGGCCGAGUUCCACGGCGCCGGGCUCAAACCCUACCUGCUGACCAUCAUGGCAGUGGCAUCCCGCCUCUACCGCCACCCCAGCAUCCACAAUUCCAUCAGCCUGGCUGUGGUGAAGCUGCUGGUGGUGUACGAGGAGGAGCGAGGCCCCCAGGUGUCGUCGAACGCCGCCAUGACCCUCCGCAACUUCUGCCAGUGGCAGCGGCAGCACAACCCGCCGAGUGACCGCCACCCCGAGCAUUACGACACCGCCGUGCUCUUCACCAGGACGGACCUGUGUGGCGCCCACUCUUGUGACACUCUGGGCAUGGCAGAUGUUGGCACAGUGUGCGACCCUGACAGAAGCUGCUCCAUUAUUGAGGAUGAUGGGCUGCAAGCAGCAUUUACUGUGGCGCACGAGCUGGGCCACGUCUUCAACAUGCCUCAUGAUGAUGCCCAGCUGUGCUCUGGGGUCAACGGUGCCCACUGGGGCUCCCACAUGAUGGCCUCCACCCUGUCCAACCUUGACCAGCAGCAGCCUUGGUCCCCCUGCUCCGCCCUCAUGGUCACCACCUUCCUGGACAAUGGCCACGGUCAGUGCCUGCUGGAUAAGCCGGUCAAACCUCAGCCACUGCCACAGCCCCUGCCCGGGACUGUCUAUGACGCGGACCAUCAGUGUCGGCUGACCUUCGGCGAAGACUCCCAGCACUGCCCUGAUCUGAGCACCACGUGCGCGGCUCUGUGGUGCACCGUGACGACAUCCAACGGUUUGCUGGUGUGCCAGACGAAGAACUUCCCCUGGGCCGAUGGAACGGCGUGCGGGCAUGACAGCUACUGCCUGGCUGGACAGUGUCUCACGAAGAGCCAAGCCGCCAAACACCAGACUCCUGUCAACGGUGGCUGGGGAGUGUGGGGUCCCUGGGGCGACUGCUCUCGGACCUGCGGCGGAGGGGUGCAGUAUUCUUUUCGUUCCUGUGACAACCCUUUGCCCAAGAACGGGGGCAAGUACUGCGAGGGAAAGAGGAUCCAAUACCGCUCCUGUAACACGGAGACCUGCCCUGAUACCAACGGCCUGUCAUUCCGUGAGGAGCAGUGCCUCGCCCACAAUGACAUGUCAGCCCAAGUGUCGCUGGGUUCAGGCGAGGGUGUCGAGUGGGUGCCCAAGUAUGCUGGAGUUUCACCCAAAGACCGCUGCAAGCUGGUGUGCCGGGCCAAGGGGACUGGCUACUUCUUUGUCCUCAAAUCCAAGGUGGCUGAUGGCACACCCUGCAGCCCAGACUCCACCACAGUUUGUGUUCAAGGCCAGUGCGUCAAGGCUGGAUGUGAUCGCGUCAUCGGCUCUAACCGCCGCUUUGAUAAGUGCGGCGUGUGUGGUGGCGACGGCUCUACCUGCAAGAAAGUGUCUGGCUCUCUGGAGCGCGCCAGGCCUGGUUACCAGGAUGUCGUCACGAUCCCUGCUGGCGCCACCCACCUGGACGUCAAACAGCGUGCCCCAGGCAAUGGUCGUCAUGAUAACAGCUACUUGGCAGUGCGCCGCCAGGAUGGCACCUAUUUGUUAAAUGGUGACUACAAGCUGAUGACCAUGGAGACCGACAUUGCCUUGCGAGGUGCACUGUUGCGAUACAGCGGCUCUUCUGCCACCCUGGAGCGCAUCCGGAGCUUCGCCCCACUUCCUGAGCCCCUUACCAUCCAGGUGCUGUCUGUGGGAGAAGCCCCAAGGCCUCGGGUGAAGUACAGCUACUUUGCACCCAGACCCAACAAUGCUGCCUCAGUGUCCAACAAUGGAGGCCGCCGCCAGUCCAUCAAUGCCAUCCGGGAGGUGGGUGGAGCCGAGUGGACCCUGAGGGAGUGGGGUCCGUGCUCCCAGACCUGCGGAGGAGGUAUGCAGCAGAGAGAAGUCGUGUGUCUGGAUCCCCACGGUCGUCCCUCCAGAGAUUGCCCGGAGGAGCUGCGCCCCUUGGCCUCGAGGUCCUGCGCCACCCAGACCUGCCCCUCCUGGCUUCUCGGGGAAUGGUCCGCAUGCUCCAAGACCUGCGGACGAGGCUUCCGCAAACGCCAGCUGCGCUGCAUGGGCCACGACGGGCGCACGCUAACCCACGACAGCUGCGACCCCAAAGACCGGCCGCGACCCCUGCUGGAACUGUGCAAUCAGGGUGCCUGCUAAGGACUGCUUCCACAAUCUAACCUCCUUUCAUACAGCCAGGCUGAUGAAUGUUUACACCCAGAGCAAGAGCGCUGCAGAUUUUCGUGGGUUCCAGGUCGUCUAAUAGUCCCACAGUGACUGCGACUGUACAGGACAAUUGUUACCCAUUCCCUCCAUCUAUUUUGAGGCCAGACGUUGGUCCACAGUGGCGCUGCCACCUCGCCACACAAAUAAGGACUGAUGACCUCAGUGCAGCAGUGGCAUACUUUGCCUUCCAUUCGGAGAAGAAAGCAUGGACAUUCCUGAUUUCCUAAAGGAGCAUGCUGCUUACCGUGCCAAUGUCAUGCUUGUGUGUAUGAAUGCGAGUGUGUGUGUGUCAAAUUUUUAAUGCAUGUAUAUGUUUGUCCAAGCUGGGCUGGACAGAUACAUUAGGGUUGGGGUGGGGGAGGUUAUUGCAGAGUAUAUAAAGAAACAAGUGAAAGAGAAUAGGUCAUAGUCUACUUGCUCACCCCAUCAGGUAUGGAAAAUAAGAUAGCUAAUAGUCAUAGUGUUUAUGUUCAAACUUGCCAGUCUACGUUUAUUUAUCACAAACCUGUAGCACUUCAUCUUUGUUUUUGCCAGCGGCACAUUGUAACACCCAGUUGUCUCUAAAUGCCUCAGUACACAGGACUUUAUCCUUUAGCCAUAUCUUGCCCUCGUCUACACAGCCUUCAAUGAGGGAACUCUUCAACGACCAAAGAGGAGUGUGAGAGUGUGUGUGAGCGUUUGUGUGUGUGUGCAUGUGUGGAGACCUAAAGAGGGACUUGUCUCCUGCUACUACUUCAUAAGUAAGUCUCUCCUGCCUUCCGCGAAGGCACCUCGUUUUUUUUUCUAUCGAUUCUUUUCCUUUUGUACAGAAUAUCCAAACAUUAUUUAUUUUUGUACAGCCUGUUAAAUAUAAUCAUGUGGCUUUUUUAAUAUUAUUUUUUAUUGUUAUUGAGAUCACAGAAGGGAGUAGAAUAUAUAGAGUAUUUAU